AUGGAGGAUCCUAUCAAAGAAAUAACAUCCGUAGUUUACCAGCUAACCGCCACGGACUCCCCAAAUGUCCAGAAAUCCGCCGUCGAGACAUACAUGACCUCUGACGUUGGCUUUCAACAUCCCGUUUGUUCCAUCAAGCCCGGGCCAAAUUCAAGAGACUAUGUGCUUGGAAUAUACCAGUGGUACCGCGUGCUAUCACCCCAUAUCGAAAUCAAAGUCGAGAGCAUUGUGUUUGACGCGAAGCAAUGUUUGUUGUACUUGGAGGGGAUUCAAUGGUUUAAGAUGUUUUUCUUGCCUAUCAAACCGGCUCCUGCGAGACUUAUCAUUCGUUUGACUCUAAGAAAGAAAGACGGACUUUAUUAUAUAUCACAGCAGGAAGAUUUCUACCAUCCUGAGGAUUUUGCUGCUCUUCUUGUACCUGUCACUGCACCAUUUGUCCGAUUUGGACUGACAGUCGGCGGAGUGGUAUCAAAUAUCUUAGCUCGUGGUGCAAACAUGCUAGGCUAUUGGCGUCCCAUUGGUGAUGUCGAAGAACCUGGUAUACCGUCUGUUGCCCCAAGCGAAUCUGGGUUGUAUGAUAAGGAGGACUGA